GCGCUCCAGUGGCAGCGAUUAGCUUCCCGCAGCUUCGCGUGUGUCAGUAGAGUGCGAGUCGCGUGCCGAGACGGCGACACGUGCUGCCGGUGCUACCCUCAUUACGUUGGUUACUUCCGUUACUUAACUCUCUCUUCACCGGAAGCUUGAAGAUCCUUCGAGAUGCGCUGCGUCGCGGCGCUGCUCGUCCUUGCCGCCCUUUUCGCCCUCUCGCAGUGCUCCGUUCGCAGCGUCGCGCCGGACGAAGCACUGACAAAGGAGCUGGAAGAGGCGUUGGGUAAAGACGAUUUUGUCAUCGCCGUGAAGAAUGUCAAGCCAAGGAAGCGUCGGGGCCCCGAGACGCUACUCAUUGCAGAUUUUUCCGGAUCAAAGGAAAAGUUCAUAGUGAUAUUGGACAGACGCACAAAACACGUUGUCAUCGAGACCGUCCACCAUGGAAGUGUCCACAUCGAACGCUUCGACGUCAAAGGCCUCGACGACUCGACGGUGAUCAAGAAUCUGCUUCUCCAUGUCCACCAGGCUCAACCAGACGCCAGCAUCGAGUUGUACCUGAAUUGCGUCCACUAUGGAAACGUGCCGACGAAUAAGACCCUCAAGGAAAUGGCAGGAAUUCUGCGUACGGUACGCCUCGAGGUGUACAAGGAGAAAAAACACAAGGCUAAAGUGUACUCGAGUAUGAAAAUGAGCGACAUCUUGGUGCGGGAAAAUUGCCGUUCGGAGUUCCUCGACGUUGAAACGAUGCAGGGAACUGAGCCACAGGCGGACCAGCCAAAUGUUCGAAGACGGGGUGACAUCCAGAUUAUUCCCGAUUGGGACACCGAACGAUGUUUAACGGAAGCUCUGCUCGUAAAAACUCUGAAUUCGCUGAUAGAAUCCAUUCGUCGGAUAAGGGAUGAGGUUGAAUUUAACAAACAAGAAACCCAACAUUUGAGAAGCUUGAUUGAAAACUGCGAGGGAUGCAAACGACAAGAUAAGCUUAUUGUCCCGUCAUGUUCGAUGAACUCGCCAUGUUACCCGGGAGCACAAUGUCGGGACACAAUCUCUGGUCCACAAUGUGGAUCUUGCCCCCGCGGCUACGUGGGAGAUGGAAUAUCAUGUCGUCGAGGUUACACUUGCGCCGAUCGGCGCUGUUUCCCUGGCGUCACGUGCUACGAUAGGGAUGAUGGCUACAGGUGCGGUCCGUGUCCCUCAGGAUACACAGGGGACGGGGAAAGAUGCGAACGGCUGAAGGGCUGCCAGCUGAAUCUGUGUCACAGAGGGGUGCAAUGCAUGUCAAUGGACAGCCCGCCAUAUUAUCGGUGCGGAGCUUGUCCCGCGGGAUUCACCGGGAAUGGAACGGACUGUCACGACGUCGACGAGUGCGAUCUCGAUCAGCCAUGCGACCCCAUGGUUCGCUGCACGAAUCUAUCUCCCGGAUACAGGUGUGGCCCCUGCCCACCCGGGUACGAAGGACGCGCCGUUUCCGGUCUGAACAGCGAAGACGCUCGAAGAAGGAGGCAGCGAUGCACAGUCAUCGACAGGUGUAAUGACGGGAGAAACGGGGGAUGUGUUCCAAAUUCUCAGUGCUUCAGUGCCGGCGGUACUGUCAGGUGCGGUCCGUGCAGGCCAGGCUACGUUGGUAAUCAGGCCACAGGGUGCAGGCCAGCGAAUGUAGUCUGCGAUGACGGAGAAACCGUAUGCGACGAUAACGCCAACUGCAAGUACUACGGAAACAACGAAUACGCCUGCAUGUGUAAAAUCGGCUGGGCUGGAAACGGUAAACUCUGCGGGAUCGACGUCGACCAGGACGGUUUUCCAGACAGCAAGUUGGCCUGCUCCGAGCGAACCUGCAUGGCCGACAACUGUCCUCGCACUCCGAACGGAGGGCAGGAGGAUACGGACAGAGAUGGGCAGGGAGACGCCUGCGAUUUGGACAAGGAUAACGACAACAUCCCGAAUGUGGCGGACAACUGCCCAACCGUUUACAACCCUGAACAGGAGGACAACGAUGGUGAUAGACUAGACGGUGUGGGAGACGCCUGUGACAAUUGUCCGUACAUUUACAAUCCAGGACAGCGUGACUUCGAUGGUGACAAGUUGGGGGACUUGUGCGACGAUGACAUCGAUAACGACGGAAUUAUAAACAACCAUGACAAUUGCCCGUGGAAGGCGAACGUCGACCAGUCUGACCGUGAUCGUGACGGUCUCGGCGACGUCUGCGACAACUGUCCGUACUCGUCGAACGCCGAUCAGAGGGACAGUGACAGAGACAACGUCGGCGAUGCCUGUGACACCGGUGCAGACAGGGAUGGUGACGGGUUUCAGGACGACAGGGACAACUGUCCGGACGUGCCGAACGGAGACCAAGCUGACACGGACAAGGAUGGCAUAGGUGAUGCCUGCGACGACGACAAGGAUGGCGACGGCAUUCCGGACGACAGGGACAACUGUCCGUACUCCUAUAACCCCGAGCAACUAAGACCCGGCUAUGAUUUCCGCAAGGACAAAUGCAAGACGGACGCGGACAACGACAGGGUGCCAAACAACUUCGACAACUGUCCGAACAACAGCUUGAUAUGGGCGACUGACUUCCGGGCGUUCGAGACCAUCGUACUCGACCCCGUCGGCGAGGCCCAGAUGGAUCCGAACUGGGUGAUCCAGAAUAACGGGUCGGAAAUCCUGCAGACGGUGAACAGUGAUCCUGGUAUCGCCGUCGGCCUCGACACGUUUAACGGUGUGGAUUUCGAGGGUACGUUCUACGUCGACACCACCAUCGACGACGAUUACGCGGGCUUCAUAUUCUCCUAUCAAAGCAAUCAGAAGUUCUACGUGGUCAUGUGGAAGAAGAAGAGCCAGACAUACUGGCAGUCGACGCCGUUCCGAGCAGUCGCCGAACCUGGGAUCCAGAUAAAGCUGGUGAACUCGGUCACUGGACCGGGUGAAAUGUUGAGGAACAGCAUUUGGCACACCGGUGACACCGAGGACCAGGUCAAGCUGCUGUGGAAGGAUCCCAGGAACGUCGGGUGGAAGGAUCACACCUCCUACCGCUGGCUGCUCCUCCAUAGGCCAUCGAUAGGACUGAUCAGGCUCAGGAUAUACGAGGGAAGGCACAUGGUCGCUGAUUCCGGAAACAUAUUCGACUCGACGUUGAAGGGCGGAAGUCUCGGGGUCUUCUGCUUCUCCCAGGAAGCUAUCAUAUGGUCGGACCUCGUCUAUCGAUGCAACGAACACGUGCCGGAAAUCGUGCACAGAGAUUUACCGCCACAGCUUCAACGAGCUGUGCACAUUGAUCGUAGCAAGGCUCACUUUGGAGGGGUGGCUACAAACCGCGGAUGAUAGAGUUUGACUUGUAGUUCAACGUUUUAGGGAUGAUAUGCUCGUCGGAUUAAGAGGUGAAUCAAUACGCCAAUGCUUACAAUUAUUAAACAUACAAGUAUGACUAAUCAUGUCCGGAGAUCAGAUCGACUGCACAAAUCAAAAUUUCGUAUACGGUUGACCAUUGUUAUAAAAGUCACGAUGCCGAAGGUGUGGAAAAAAUUUUACUGCCAUCUGGAUUGACACAGUUAUACGAAACCCCGCACUAUUUUCAGUGGCUCUGAGAUAAAGUCGUAGUAAUUAUACAAUAACAAUUACGUAUUGUAAUGUCAAAACCUGCGAGGCACGGACUAGAAUUUUUAUAUCGUUACUUUUAAUGUAAAAAGUGAUAGUUACAAUGAAUAAAGAUAUAAUAUAUUCUACUUACUAAAAGUAACCAUAGUUUUCACGUUAUUGAGCGUUCGUGAAUAAUCCAGUUCGAAUCAUAAACACUCGAGGCGUUUCGUCAUUCAAGCUUACCUGUAAAUGUUGAAGGAAAUUAUCGAUACUACAAUUUACAAAUGUAAUAUUGGACUUCCAGGUGUUGAAGAAACAAAAUCAUAAAACUGAGUAAGGGAUUAGGUUCGGAGUUUUUUUUUUACAGACAAGGUGACAUCGGAAACAUCGUGAGCAUAAACGACGUUUGAAUAAAGUGACCGAGUAGUAUUUAGCGUGUAUAUCCAUACAUGAUAUAUUUUGUUAACGUAUCCGAUUUUUAUAGAUGAUCUCCAAUCAAAUCUAAAGUUUAUAUCAAGAUUAACAAUCGUAAUUGAAUUAAAUGACGUUGAAAAUAAACGUGUAUAUAAUAUAAUUAUAUAUAUGUGUAAAUAUAUACCUAUAUAAGACUUCUGACAGCGUGUGGCGAGAGCUAACAAUGUACUAUCAAUAUGUAAUCUGUGCUUUUUUUUUUCGUUCCUCAAAUUUGUCACAUGAACGUAAUAUUUUUUAAUUCAGCACCAGUGCAGAUAAUUUUUCUCGGGAAUUUUAUCUAUUUACCGAGAUAUAUAUAUAUAUAUAUAUACUAUAAGUAUAACAAAUAUGUAAAGCAAGAUGACUACUUUUAUCGUUAGCUUUCCUUAUACGGUAAGUACAGUAGCACAAAUAUCAUUUAUAACGAGCCAACGACGUAAUAUCAAUGAAGAUCCAUCGAUCUGCGUAAGAUCUAUGUUUUUCUAGCAUAGGAUUACGAUGAUUUUUUCGCAGUCAAUUUACGAUAUAAUUAUUACCAACGAACAAUCGGAACGCGCUGCGUUCCAUACAUUUAUACUAACUAUAUCAUCUUCGCCAAGAAUUACAUAUGCAUGUAUGGUAUGUCUAUAUGUAACUACACAAUAUUACGUUUCUUAAAAGCACCUAGUAUUCAGCCAUAUUAAGUAUUCAUCAAUUCAUUAUUAUCAUUACUACCACAAUUAUUAUUAUUAUCAUUAUUAUUAUUAUUAUUGUUAUUAUUAUUAUUAUUACUAAUAUCGUUGACAUUUGAGUUACGUUGUCUACAUUUCUAAGACAAGAACGAACACGUCGGCAGCGAUUUGCGGAUAUGUGCCUCUGAAAGUAUGCAUAUAUAAAUAAAAAGGUACACCUGUAUAAACGUACCUAGUUUAAAUAAAGCGUGAGUAGGUGUGUAGCACGUUAUUACAGUCAUAUAAAUCGAGGUACAUUUAUUAAGUAUACAAUUUAAGUAUCAAAGGUUUGCUAUUCCAUAUUAUACGUAUGUACGUAUGGUUGAAGGAAAAAAAAAAAACAUAGUAAGAAUAAUAAUUCCAGUACCGCGUCAAGAUGAGAAAAAGAAAUGGCACUUAAUUUAUUGACUUGGAAAAUGUAUCGUAUUAUUUAUAGGUAGUUAUAAUAUAUGUAUAGUUCUUGAGUCCCACGUUCUGCGAUGUCGAUUAUAACGGAUAUAAUAAUAGAUAUACUAAUUAUUGUCAGGCACAAGCGAUUGUCAAGUUAUACGUCGUCGGUAAUGAGUGAGAUUGUUUUACACACGUUUUUUUAUCGACAUUCAAUUCUAGACUCACAGUUUGAUGUUGCAGGCGAAUAUUCGAUAUAAUCUGGAAUGGACGAAGCAAUCUAACACAUGAUCGACGAGGGUAAACAAUUAUCUGUGUGUAUAUGUAUAUAUAUAUAGGUAAUGUGUGUAGUGUGACUAUAUAUAGCAUAUGUAAUUUCAGCAACAACAAAAUAUAUACAUUCGCGAUUUCAACGUUUGAAACGUGUGUCAGCUGCAGUCUGAAAAAUAAAAUUGCAAGUCCCGUUAUAUUUCGGAGGCCUGAUCAAUUGUUAGGUGGAGCAGCCGCUGUGAUUAGACUUAUUUUAAACUUAUAUAACACGGCAAGAAAUAUAUGGCGAACCUUGAAAGGUAUAUAAUGUAUAAACGCCGA